CACAGGUUAUCCGCCCAGUGGAACUUGCGGGGCGUGUCCCAAUACGAGUAGAGAAAAAAUAAGGUAACUAUAAACUGGCACUUCCUCCUUGUUACUGCUCAGUGCGUUAGAUACGUAAUCUUACAUUCUCCAAACAGCAGAUCAGCAGAUCUCCUUAGACACUAUGGCUGCGACUCAGAAAUGCUACGCUAAAGGGAGCUGUGCUCCUGGUCCAGUCCCAGAGGGCCAUUUAAGGAUCUAUAGCAUGAGAUUCUGCCCUUUUGCCCAGAGAACAAGACUAGUGCUCCAGGCCAAGGGUAUUAAUUUUGAAACAGUGAACAUUGAUCUGAAAGAAAAGCCGGAGUGGUACCUGGAGAAGAACCCUCAGGGUUUGGUGCCAACAUUGGAGUUGCCCAAUGGGAAGGUUAUCUAUGAAUCUCCAAUCACAUGUGAAUACCUGGAUGAAGUGUAUCCUGGGAAGAAAUUGAUGUCCUCUGACCCAUUUGAAAAAGCCCAGCAGAAAAUGCUGCUGGAGGAUUUCUCAAAGAUUGUUCCAUUGUUCUACAGGAUUCCUGGGACCAAGAGUAAAGGUGAGGAUAUAUCUGCACUGGAAACAGAGCUGAAGGAGAAACUCUCCAAGCUGAAUAAGGUUCUGGUGAACAAGAAAACCAAAUACUUCGGCGGUGACUCAGUGUCAAUGAUUGAUUACUUGAUCUGGCCGUGGUUUGAGAGGGUCGAGGCGUGGCAGCUGAAGCAGUAUUUGGACGGCACUGCAGAGCUUAAGAACUGGACUUUGCGUAUGCAAGAGGAUCCAACUGUGAAGGCCAUCAUGUUUAAGCCAGAAGACCACAAAGUCUUUUUUGACUCAUUUAUGGCUGGAAAACCAAAUUAUGACUAUGGUCUAUAGAAUUAUGUCUUUACUGUUGUGGAAAUGUUUCAUUUUCAUUUCGAACUAAUUUCAAAGUUGUAAUCCGUCCUUUUUCUACGAUUUUUUUUCUUCUUUUCUUCGUCAACAUUAUUUGUUAUAAAUACUCAACAUUGCUUUUAUUUAGGUUGUCUCAGUUUUAAUUGGCAAAAUGUUUGUGUAGCAAAAAAACGAUACAAAAAAAAUCAGUAGACAGCUAAUGGCCAGCUUGGAAGCAGAGCCUUGCCUCUGUUGUGGUUGUUAUAGUGGGGUGGGAAUGCUUUAUCUUUUCAUGCAUCUACACGUUCAUGCAUCUACACGUUCUAAAUGCUGCAAAACCAGUACUGUCUGUGUUCUUAAACAAAUAAACUGCUUUCAAAAGGCAGCUGAAUUUUG